CGUUACAAAGGGCGAUAACACCACUUUUAUAAAGCAAGGAGGCCGGAUUCGACGGUAUUCCGUCACGGAGUCGUCGAGCAAAUUGCUCUCUCUGUCUCUGUCUCUCUUCCCACUCAACAUGGCUGACCCUGGAGUCCAGGCGAGCAUCCACAAGAACCUCAAGACGACGCUGCCGAGGAUCAGCAAUUUCAUCAGCUCCAAUCGCUUCCGGGAGGUGAAUUUGGUGGGCAGGCUCUAUCCGGAUUCUAGACCCAUUUCCUUGUCCCACUGGGCAUUGCCGGGGGGAGAGGGGGCGUGGCAAGACUGGGUUUUCGAUGACGUCAUCAAACAGGAGUUCACGCCGGUGAAAAUAGGAGAUUCCUUCGGACCCACUUGGACCACGCACUGGUUCAAGCUCGAGUUCGAGAUCCCAGAGGAAUGGAUUGGGAAGGAAGUUAGAAUUCGGUGGGGGACAAAUUCCGAAGCAACCGUUUGGAGUCAUGAUGGUCAUGUUCUACAGGGAUUGUCUACGGGAGAUCCUGAUGCUAAGAGACCCGACUACCCAAUAACAAGGAGCUAUGAAGGGCAAGCUGGUCCUCAGGUCUUUUAUAUUGAAAUGGCAGCCAAUAAACUUCUUGGUGCUUCCUCCGGUGAUCAGAUUGAUCCUCCUGACCCAAACUUGAUGUUUACUCUAAGUCUAGCUGAGAUUGCCAUGCUGGACUCGACGGUGUAUCAGUUAACCCACGACCUAGAAGUCUUAUAUCAACUAGCAAAUGAGUUAAUUCCAGACCAGAGAGGAUACCAAGCCAUGUACACUGCAAACCAGAUGGUGAAUAGCAUCAUAGCUGGUGAUGACAGUGGUGCCACAGCCCUGGCUGAGCAGUAUUUUGCCAAAGGAAACGGAGCUCGUUGUCACACACUAGCAUCCAUAGGGAACUGCCACUUAGACACAGCAUGGCUGUGGCCAUAUUCUGAAACCAAGAGAAAGGUAGCUCGAAGCUUUGCUUCUCAAUUGAAGAUCAUGGAAAAUUACCCCGAACAUAUCUUUGUAGCAUCACAGGCACAACAGUGGGCUUGGUGUAAAGAGUACUGCCCAGAAUUGUAUGGGAGGGUGAAAGAACAAGUUGCAGCAGGGAAAUUUUUACCAGUGGGAUCAACGUGGAUUGAAAUGGAUGGGAAUAUUCCCAGCGGGGAAUCGUUCGUCAGACAGUUCUUCUUUGGGCAAAAAUUUUACCAACAAGAAUUGGGCAUGAUCUGCAAGGAGUUCUGGCUUCCUGAUACCUUUGGUUACUCAGCACAAAUCCCGGGUCUUAUGAAGCAUGUUGGAUUAGAACGGUUUUUGACCCAGAAGAUGAGUUGGAGCCUGGUUAAUAAAUUUCCCCAUCACAACUUUAUUUGGGAAGGAAUAGAUGGCAGUAGUGUUUUAGCUCAUUUUCCUCCAGGAGAUUCAUACCAUAUGAAUCUAACGGUAGAAGAAGCCUUAUGGACUGAGAAGAACUUGCAGGACAAGGGCAGAACAGGAAUUUCUGCUUUCCUUUUUGGUUUUGGUGAUGGAGGUGGAGGCCCAACACAGGACAUGAUGGAAAGACGCAGAAGAUUAGCCGAUACUGAUGGCUGCCCGAAGAUGGAAAUGAUGACCCCUGACCAGAUGUUUGAGCGGUUAGAAUCAGAGAAGCACAACUUUUGUCGAUGGGUUGGCGAGCUAUUCCUUGAACUUCACAAUGGGACUUACACAACCCAGGCUGCCAUGAAGAGACUGUGUCGGAAAGUAGAAUUUGCCCUGAGAGAUGCAGAAUUUUAUUUGUCGAUGGCCGUUGGUUUGUUAGGAAUAUCAGUUACUUCACCACUCCUUCAACAAUCGCUGGCAGACCUGGAAAUAAGCUGGAAGAAAGUGCUUCUCAACCAGUUCCAUGAUGUGAUUCCAGGCUCUUCAAUUGAAAUUGUAUAUCCUCAAGCUGAGGAAUUAUACAAUGAGGCCCUGUUAACAGCUACCUCUGUUAGAGAUGAGGCCAUUAAGGCAAUAUUUGGAGAUACCGUGACAACGUCACACGUGGUGGUUAAUAGUUUACAGUGGUCAAGGGAUGAAGUGUUGAAGCUCCCAGUUGGAACCGUGAAACCAGGGGCUGUCACACAAAAGAUACAAGAUGGUGCUGAAGAGUAUGUCCUUGUCUCUGCUCCAUCUAUGGGAUAUUCCUUGGUUGAAGCAGGAACACCUCCCUUCCCUGUCACUGUCAAUGAAGUGGAUAAUGUAUUUGUAUUGGACAAUGGUAUCGUGCAAGCUGAAAUUACCUCCACUGGACAGCUUAUCAGUCUAAAAGUGGCUGCAGAUGACCGUGAUGUUUUCCGUCACACGGAUGGUACCCAGUUAUUUGGGAACCAGGUAACAAUCUUUGAUGAUGAGCCUUUGUACUGGGAUGCAUGGGACGUCAUGGACUACCACCUUGAAACUCCAGAAGUUGUGAAUGCUAAAGAUAGCACAUACUCCAUUACACCAGUAACCAUUGUUGAAAGUGGGCCACUCUUGGUAAAGCUCCGAUGGGGAGUCGAAUUAAGCAAGUCUUCUUCCUUUACCCAAGAAAUAGAACUUGCUGCUGCUUCUCACUACCUCUCCUUCAGCACAUCAGUCUCCUGGCAUGAGGACCACAAAAUCCUCAAAACUGUGUUUGAUACAGGUAUUCAGACUAACAAGGCAAAUUUUGAUAUUCAGUUUGGUCAUCUGCAAAGGCCAACUCAUAUGAAUACCUCUUGGGAUACUGCCAGAUAUGAAGUUUGUGGCCACAAGUGGGCUGAUAUAUCUGAACCAGACUGGGGUUUUGCCAUUCUGAAUGAAAGCAAAUAUGGCUGGAUGGCCCGUGGUCAUCAACUCUCUCUCUCUCUCUUACGAUCUCCGAAAGCACCUGAUUACACAGCAGACAUGAAAGAUCAUUCCUUCAAGUAUGCUGUUAUGCCUCACAAGGGUACCCUACAGGAAGCACAAGUAGUGCGACGGGCGUACGAGUUCAACAAUCCUCUCUUGAAAUUUGAUUUGCCAUUGGAUGUGACUUUUGAAGAUUCCUGGGUGAGUGUAGAGGGAGAUGGGGCAGUCCUCCAUACAAUCAAACCUGCUGAUGAUGGCUCAGGAGACAUCAUCAUUCGCAUGUUUGAGAGCCAUGGCUGUAAAUCAAAAAUAACUGUGAAGCUGUCAAUUGCAGUAGCCUCUGUCAAAGAAAGCAAUGGAAUGGAAGCUUCAGGAGUUGAUGUACCUUUCUCUGAAGAAGGAGGGAUAACACUUAUUCCUGUUAGCUUGACACCAUUUUCCAUUAAAGGCCUGAGGUUAGCACCUGGCACAGCUACCAGUGUGCUUCAGUGAAGAUGAAGAUCUGCUAAUACUAUCCACAGUUAUAUUUCAAGAUAAAUCCCUAAGAGAGCUUUUGGAAAUCUGUUCAAUUCAACCUUUUCAAGUCUACAAUUGAAAAGGGGAAUUGACAAAUUCUUGAAAGCUCUGUAGAAUCUUAAAAAAAUAUGUACCCAUACAUAACUAGAUAUGCUUCUCCAUUUCCAGACUUACGUUACUGUGAGCGAGUAGCUUUCACCUUUUAUCUGCAUUAGCUUAAACAAUGUAUCAGUAAAAUCUCCAACCACUGUUUUUGAAACUCCUGCUAAUGAGUCAUAAUUUUAUUGAAAAUUUAUGGAAGCAGUUUAGUUUAAAAUAGGAUUAAAGAUGCUUGGGACAACCAAGUAGUAUGUAAUUAUGGUCUGAAAAAAUAGAGUAUGUAUAGACCAGAGUUGGUUUCUCUCUCAUAACAUCACUGGUAAUUAACAAAUUACUUCUUACAUAUUUGGUAGAUGUCCAUUAGCUGUUGAAUGUUUACUAUAAAUUUCAUGAAAAAUUAUUACAACUUCUGGUAAAACCCAAUAAUAAAAAUUUCAGAAUUCUAAA